AUGGCGCCGGGCAUCGUCGAACCUGCCCCAGCCGUCGCGCCAGAAAAGAUCUCCAACCUGCUCCACCUAACCCAAGACUACCACGACACAAUCCGCUUCUAUCUCAACGGCACAAAAGUUGUUUUGGACGACAUCGAUCCAGAAUUGACGCUCCUAGAGUACCUGCGCGGGAUUGGCUUGACGGGCACAAAGUUGGGAUGCGCGGAGGGAGGGUGUGGUGCUUGUACCGUGGUGGUAUCACAUAUCAAUCCGACGACGGGAAAGCUGUAUCAUGCUUCGGUGAAUGCUUGUCUAGCGCCUGUUAUCAGUGUUGAUGGGAAACAUGUUGUUACCGUGGAGGGGAUUGGAGACGUCAAGAAUCCGCAUCCUGCGCAGCAGAGGAUGGCUGUUGGAAACGGCAGUCAGUGCGGUUUCUGUACACCCGGAAUUGUCAUGAGUCUAUACGCUCUAUUACGCAACAACGAUGGCGAACCGUCUACAGACGAAAUUGAAGAAGCAUUCGACGGAAACCUCUGUCGAUGUACCGGAUACCGUCCUAUCCUAGAUGUAGCUCAUAGCUUCUCGAAACCAAUGGGUUGCAGUAAGAGUACAACAAAUGGCGGAUCGGGAUGCUGUAUGGAUAAUAAAGAGAGUGGUGCUGGAGGUUGCUGCAAAUCGAAUGGCGUCUCUGAGGGAGAUACCUCGAAGUUGCCUAAUCUUCCAAAGCCAGAUUUUAUUCCUUACAACAAAGAGACGGAAUUGAUUUUCCCUCCGAUUCUGAUGAAACAUGAUUUCAAGGCAUUAGCAGUUGGUAAUAAGAAGAAGAGAUGGUACCGUCCAGUGACGCUUCAACAGCUUUUGGAAAUCAAAGAUGUGUAUCCAUCUGCGAAGCUCAUCGGAGGAAGUACUGAGACUCAGAUUGAAAUCAAGUUCAAGGGACUGCGUUACGAUCCGUCUGUCUACGUGGGCGACAUCGCUGAACUUAAACAAUACACUUUCAAGGACGACCAUCUCGAACUAGGAGCAAACGUCUCCUUGACAGAUCUAGAGCAUAUCUGCGACGAAGCACUUGAGCGCUAUGGACCGGUUCGAGGACAACCAUUCACUGUCAUCAAGAAGCAGCUGCGCUACUUUGCGGGAAGACAAAUCCGAAAUGUCGCAUCGCCCGCUGGCAAUCUGGCCACCGCCUCUCCGAUUUCUGACUUGAACCCCGUGUUUGUUGCAUCCAACACAGUUCUAGUCGCCAAGUCAUUGACCACAGAAACUGAGAUCCCAAUGACGCAAUUCUUCAAGGGUUAUCGUGCCACUGCCCUUCCUGCAGACGCGAUUAUUGCUAGUUUGCGCAUUCCAGUGGCAGCAAAAGGCGAGCACUUCCGGGCUUAUAAACAGUCAAAGCGGAAGGAUGAUGACAUCGCUAUUGUGAAUGCUGCUUUGAGGGUCUCCUUAUCGGAUACACAUGAAGUUUUGAGUGCUAAUCUUGUAUAUGGUGGUAUGGCGCCGAUGACGGUGCCGGCAAAGAAUGCUGAGCUUUAUAUUAUUGGCAAGAAAUUGACAAAUCCAGAGACUCUGGAAGGUGUCAUGAAUGCUUUAGAAAAAGAUUUUGAUUUGCGCUUUGGUGUUCCAGGAGGUAUGGCAACGUACCGUAAGACGUUGGCGCUGAGCUUCUUCUAUCGAUUUUACCAUGACGUCUUGUCAACCCUCGAAGUCAAAGCAAGCGACAUCGAUCAAGAUAUCAUUGACGAGAUUGAAAGAAAUAUCUCCUCCGGUCAAAAAGAUCAUGAUGCUUCCGCUGCAUAUGAGCAGAAAAUUGUCGGCAAGUCUGGAAACCAUGUUUCUGCUCUCAAGCAGUGUACAGGCGAAGCUCAAUACACGGAUGAUAUCCCCGUGCAGAAGAAUGAACUCUACGGAUGUCUGGUCCUGUCGACUAAACCCCGGGCCAAAAUUCUAAGCGUCAAUGUCGAGGCAGCCCUUGACGUCCCCGGCGUUCAUGACUACGUUGACCACCACGAUCUGCCCUCUCCAGCAGCCAACUGGUGGGGAGCUCCCAACUCCGACGAGCAAUUUUUCGCCGUCGACGAAGUCUUUACAGCCGGUCAACCCAUCGGCAUGAUUCUCGCAAAAUCCGCCAAAAUCGCAGAGGAGGCUUCACGGCUCGUCCAAGUCGAAUACGAGGAACUUCCAGCUAUCCUGACGAUGGAAGAAGCCAUUGAAGCCAAGUCAUUCUUUCAGCACUUCAGACAUAUCAAGAAUGGGGAUACUGAGGCAGCAUUCGAGAACGCUGACCAUGUGUUCACGGGUGUAUCUCGGAUGGGCGGUCAGGAACAUUUCUAUUUAGAGACACAGGCGUGUGUGGUUGUGCCUAAGCCGGAGGAUGGGGAGAUUGAGGUGUUUAGUUGCACGCAAAAUCCUACCGAGACUCAAACAUAUGUUGCUCAAGUCACCGGUGUCGCUGCAAACAAGGUCGUCACUCGGGUCAAAAGACUGGGCGGAGGAUUUGGCGGAAAAGAAACUCGCUCUAUCCAACUAGCAGGAAUUUGUGCCACGGCAGCCAACAAGACGCGACGACCAGUCCGAUGCAUGCUCAACCGUGACGAAGAUAUCAUCACCUCUGGCCAGCGACAUCCAUUCCUCUGUCGAUGGAAAGUCGGCGUCACCAAGGAAGGCAAAAUCACAGCCUUUGAUGCUGAUGUGUUUGCGAAUGCAGGACAUACCCAGGAUUUGUCGGGUGCUGUGGUCGAACGAUCAUUAUCUCAUAUCGACGGUUGCUACAAAAUCCCGAACAUGCAUGUGCGAGGAUGGUUGUGCAAAACCAACACCGUCUCGAAUACUGCGUUCCGUGGCUUUGGUGGUCCCCAAGGAAUGUUUAUGUGCGAAUCAAUGAUUGAAGAAGUUGCCGACCAUCUCGGCAUGUCCUCCGAUGACCUGCGCGUUUUGAAUAUGUACAAAGCCGGGGAUUCAACACACUUCAAUCAAGAACUCAAAGACUAUUUCGUUCCCCUCAUGUACAAACAAGUCAAGGAGGAAAGUUCGUAUACGGAGCGACGAAAAGCUGUGGACGAAUACAACAAAACGCACAAAUGGUCCAAACGUGGAUUAUCCAUCAUCCCCACCAAAUUUGGCAUUUCAUUUACAGCUCUGUUUUUGAAUCAGGCCGGUGCGUUGGUUCAUAUCUACCAUGACGGCAGUAUCCUUGUCGCGCACGGAGGCACAGAAAUGGGCCAAGGUCUGCACACGAAGAUGAGCAUGAUAGCGGCACAGGCAUUACAAGUCCCUCUAUCAGAUGUCCACAUUUCCGAAACAGGCACAAACACCGUCGCCAACACCUCCUCCACAGCCGCCUCCGCCAGUUCCGACCUGAACGGGUAUGCCAUCUACAACGCCUGCGAACAGAUCAACGAACGUCUCCGCCCCUAUCGCGAAAAGAUGCCCAACGCAACGAUGAAAGAACUGGCCCAUGCCGCAUACUUUGACCGUGUCAACCUCUCCGCAAACGGGUACUACCGCACGCCGGAUAUCGGCUACGUCUGGGACGAGAACAAGGGCCAAAUGUUCUACUACUUCACGCAAGGUGUCGCCGCCGCCGAAGUUCAAAUCGAUACACUGACCGGAGACUGGACACCGCUCCGAGCCGAUAUCAAAAUGGAUGUCGGUCGCAGCAUUAACCCGACUAUCGACUACGGCCAAAUCGAGGGCGCCUUUAUCCAGGGCCAGGGCCUCUUCACAACCGAAGAAAGUCUCUGGCACCGCGGCACAGGCCAGAUCUUCACCAAGGGACCGGGCGCGUACAAAAUCCCAGGCUUCCGCGAUAUUCCUCAAACUUUCAACAUCUCACUGCUCAAGGACGUGCAAUGGGAGAAUCUGCGCACAAUCCAGCGUUCGCGCGGUGUGGGUGAACCGCCGCUGUUUAUGGGCAGUUCAGUCUUCUUUGCUAUUCGCGACGCACUCAAAGCCGCGCGCAAGGAAUGGGGUGUUACGGAUGUUCUGCGUCUGGAAAGCCCUGCGACUCCAGAGAGGAUUAGGGUUAGUUGUGCGGAUCCGAUUGUUGAGAGGGCGCGUGUUGUGCCUAGGGAAGGGGAGAAGAGCUUUUUCGUCGCUAUUUAG